AUGAAGUUCGACGACAAUCAUUACCAACAAGCCAAGAUCUCCGUCCCCUUUGCUUGGCUCUGUGGAUUCAUGCUCAUUAUUCCCAUCGCCAGAAACACAGUUUAUGAAAACGACACUUGCGGAAUCGACUGGAACAACAAGCCAGAGACGAAUAUGCCGAGCUUCAUCAAAGCUGACAGUGGAAAAAAUGCGUCAUUGACCGAUGAUCCUGAUGAUGAAGCCGAAGAUUAUGGCUCAGAAGAUCCGCUGGACUGGAUGAGCUCCGUCGUCGAAGAUGAUGAUUUUUUGUCGAAAAUUUUGAAGAACGACUCGGAAUUGAUCGAGCUCGACCAAUUUCAUGCUAGGUUUCAUGAUAACUCGAAAAUAUUUUGGCCUCACUUGGGCUGCCCAAGUUGA